AUGUGUUCGCUCGAUAAAUCCAAUGCAGGAAAUGCGAAGCUAUUCGGUCUUUUGGAGGACAUUGGUAUGGAUGGUACUCAAUUCAACCUUGCCCUUAUGUACUUUUUCUUCACCUACGGACUGUUUGAACCGGUAUCGAAUAUCAUGCUUCGAAGAGUUGGCCCCAAGAUAUGGUUCCCUUUUAUUGUGUGUGCCUGGGGGCUUAUCACAACUCUCACAUCGCAAGCAAGCUCUUAUGGUAGUUUUAUCGUUAUUCGUCUGAUGCUUGGAAUUACCGAGGCUGGACUAUAUCCUGGGGCAUAUUUUAUUCUCUCAAUGUGGUACACCCCGAAAGAGAUCGGCACCAGAAUGGCCAUUUUUUACGGUGCCAACACCACAGCAGGUGCCUUUGGCGGUGUUAUCGCUUAUGCGCAUUUCCUCAUCAAUACCAAGUUGGUAAGAUUACCUCUUGGCUCACAAAAGGAGGAGCUUGAAUAUGCUUCCCUUCGCAUCAAAUACGCCAACGGUCAUGUCUCCUCCACAUAUGAAUUCCGCUGGAGCGAUGUCAUAGCAGCCGCGAAAGACCGGAAAACCUACUUCAUGAUGAUGCUAUUUUGGUGGGGCGGUUCUGUCCCUACAUAUUCGCUCUCUUACACUCUGCCCACCAUGGUCGCAAACCUUGGAUAUUCUUCAGUGAAGGCGCAAGCUUUGACUACACCUCCAUACAUUUUCGCCACCUGUGUUUGCGUUGCUGUCGGGUAUAUCAGUGAUCGAAAGAGUCGCCGGUAUCAAUGCAUAAUGGGCGCAUAUACUCUUGGUCUUAUUGGUAUCAUUAUUUUGUGGAUCACUGUCCACUAUUCUUCACUCCCCGGAGUUAGCUACUUUGCUAUAUUCUUAGCUGCUGCUGGAUAUUCAGCACAGGCACCAAUAGUCGGUGCAUGGACGAGCUCUAAUAUCACAAACCCCUCAAAAAGAGCAGCUGCCAUUGGCCUUUUGAUGCUCCUUGGCAGUGUUGGUGGGGAGAAAUCCCCGGGAUUGGCUAACAUAUCACAGGCUCCUACUUAUCCUCUCGGAUUUGGGUUCUCAGUCGGUGCUACUGUGCUUGGUGCCAUGAUCCCUGCUACAAUACAUUGGUAUUUGAUGCGCAAAGAAAACAAGCGUAGAGACGGCUUAAAUAUUGCCGAAGUCGAGAGAACCUAUACAACCGAGGAGCUAGGAGAGAUGGGAGAAGAUAGUCCUUUAUUCCGCUUUGUGCUUUAG